GAGAUGAGCGUAGCAUAUGCUUACAUAUUUUGACAGAAGUAAUAUAUAUUAGAAUUUUAUAUUGACAUUUUAAUAAUAUGUCACAGUUACCCGCAGAUACUUAGAGCACAUGGAUUAAUCGAUAACAGGAAAGCAGACUCUGUGAGUAAACUUUUGUUAACGACAUGUUAAUUUAAUUUAUUGCUACAUGUAAGUAAAUUACGCGGAUUUCCGAAGCCACAAUGGGAAAAACCUCAAAGGACAAACGUGAUGUUUACUAUCGCCAAGCCAAGGAGGAGGGCUGGCGUGCGAGAAGUGCAUUCAAAUUGAUGCACAUCAACGAACAAUUUGGCAUUUUGGACAAUGUGCAACGGGCGGUUGAUUUAUGCGCUGCACCCGGCAGCUGGUCUCAAGUGCUCUCGCGCAAACUCUUCGACUGCUGCUUGACCGACGACCAGAAAUCUGAAGUGAAAAUCAUUGCAGUUGAUCUGCAAGCGAUGGCGCCAAUACGAGGAGUUAUCCAGCUGCAGGGCGACAUAACCAAAGAAAGCACAGCAAAUGCGAUAAUUGCGCACUUUGAUAAGACGAGUGACAAAAAGGCGCAGCUUGUCGUCUGUGAUGGUGCACCGGAUGUAACCGGUGUCCACGAAAUGGACGAAUAUAUGCAGAACCAGCUGAUUGUCUCGGCUCUGAGCAUUGCCACCUUUGUUUUGGAGACAGGUGGCACAUUUGUGGCAAAGAUAUUCAAGGGAAAUGCCAACUGUUUGCUGGAAUCACAAAUGCUAACAUUCUUUAAGGAUUUCCACAUCUACAAGCCACCCAGUUCUCGUCCAUCAAGCAUUGAAGCGUUCGUCGUGUGCAUUGGCUUUCGUCUGCCCAAUGGCUACAUUCCACAAAUAAUAAAUCCGGCGAGGGAUGAUAUCAGAUUGUUAGCAAGGAAAACUGGAUCGGCGGUCAAUCGAAGGUUGGUGCCUUUCAUUGCUUGUGGCGAUUUGAAUGGAGCUUCGGAUGAAUUGAGUACCAAAUUUGAAGAUGAAUUCACCUCAGAGGACUAUGAAAUGACCUACGAUGAUAUGAUCAGAGAUGUGGAUUUUCCAGAGGAGUUUAAGGACGAGCUAGAGGAUGUACUAUUGGAUGAAAUCGCUGUACGAAGCGUAGAAAAUUUUCAAACUCAUUGCCUGUGGUAGAUCCUGUUCGUGACAAAAAUGGUUGAUAAUCCUAAUUAAACAGAAUCUUUAAAACGUA